CUGGAAGAAUUCAUGCCAGACCUGCACACUGUGGGCCUCGAUGCCCAAAGACUAGCCAUCUUGGCCCAGGUUUGGCGACAUGUUGCGCAUCCGUUGCCACGACACCCCAAGGCAACCGAAGCCCCGUGCCAUCUCUCUCCUCAAGACUUGUACUCGGCCAGGGUUGCACCGUGGGGUUGCAUGGCUUGAACCCCUUGGAAUGGACAGAUUGACAGAGUGGGCCGCACCAAAGCCUGGCGGCUGCUUCCCGCCUGCCUCACUGUGGCCUCGCUGGCUCGAUGGCGUGCUUGGCACAGAGUCUGCCGACGUGGCGGCCGCUGACGUCGGCGCCGCUGCCUCUUUUCCUCCACCUCCUCAGGAGACGUUCCUGGAGAAGCACAACGUCAAGCUGGGUUUCAUGAGCGUGUUCGUCAAGGCGGCGGCACACGCGCUGCAGGCGUGCGGGCGGCUGCCGCUUGCAUGCGCCAUGCCACUGGCCGCUGCACGGGAGGCGGCCACGUCUGAGGCAGGCAGUCCAGAGGUGCCGUCGGUCAACGCCGUGAUUGAGGGCGAUGAGAUCAUCUUCCGCGACUUCUACGACAUCUCCAUUGCCGUGGCCACGCCCAAGAACAUCAACGCGCUGGGCAAGAAGGCGCGCGACGGCACCAUCGGCAUCGACGACAUGGCCGGCGGCACCUUCACCAUCUCCAACGGCGGCGUGUACGGCAGCCUGCUGCCCACGCCCAUCAUCAACCCGCCGCAGUGGGCCAUCCUGGGCAUGCACACCAUCGUGGACCGGCCAGUGGUGGUCAAGAGCAAGCCGCACAGCCGGUUUGGUGGUUGGAUGACGGUGGCAGUGCCCGGCCAGUUCCUGAUACCUUCCUUACUCGUGAUGAGCCGUGUGUGCCAUCCCUACUCGUGCUGAUCGGUGUUUGUGUCAUAGCCUUGGGCAAAUCCAACUGAGCAUUUACGUGGUUUCGAGUCCAACUCGGACACCUGCAAUUCAUCUGUGAUCUGUCAGCUGAGAGCACGCACAUGACGGACGCGGGUCUGCUGCACGUGGCGUACGGCUGCCCCGCCCUGCACAGCCUGCACGUCAGCGCCACGGGCAUCGCCGAUUGGGGCGUGCGCCGACCGGUGGUGCUGGCAGGGCCUCUGCCCGGUGCCCGCGUCGUGGUCGCAGCAGCAGGGGCAAAAGGCUGGAGGGGCGGCGUUAAGGCGGCGGGCGCUGUGGGUGCCGAGGCACGGGCGGCUUGCAUACAGAUGGCAGCGCGCUGUUGGUUGGGACGUUGGGUUGCGCUUGGGGGUGCACUAGGUGACAACUUUAUUGCGGGAACAGGCAUGAAAAGGGGGGGGGCUAUUGGUUGUAGGCGCCUGGCAGACGGUAUCUGG